AUUUCCUCCAUGGCAAAUUGUGAUGAUACAGAAAACCCAAGUUCAUCAACAUCGAGCAAGGAACAGGAUGCAGAGAAACUCCACAGUGCCACCAGCUUAAUCAAUGCAUUACAAGUAACUGCCGAUUUGCUAAAUUCUUACGUAAAAGAAUCCGGCAGUAAUUUUUCGGAGCCAACAUGUUCUACUCCAACAAAUAGCGUCGUUGAAAACUUUUCUGAGCCUUCAUGUUCAACUGUCCAUCAUAAUUCUGCAAAUUCUUUGAAUCGAUUUGACAAUAUUUCAGUAGGGCAAUUAGUACGGUACAUAGUUGAAACAGGUGCAUUGACUUUAGAGGACGAUAAUAUAUCAUUAUCUAAAAUUGAUCCAGUGCCAAGUUAUUGGGAAGAAAAUGCCAACGGUCAAACUUCAGAUAAUUUUGAUGAUUUUUGCUUCAAUAUUGGUCCAGAGAGUGAAGAAUCCAUUAGAAAAUAUAUGUAUAACUCACCGAGCAAUGAAACGUUAGAAAAUUAUUGUGUUGAAGCAAACUCUACAAGUGAAGUCGCAACAACAUCUGAAAAUAGUAAGGAAAUAAAAAUCUCUCCCAUCAUUGAAGCAACAGUUUCAACAAUGGAAAGAGAAAUUCUUCUGAGGAAAACGCCUGAACACAAAAAAUCAAAAUUAUUGAACUUACCUCCAGAAACUUUACCCGAUUGCCCGAAUCAAUGCGAAAGCGAAAUUAUGGGAGAUGAUGCGACAAAAAACAAAGUUAAUAUACUUUGCGAGUGUGAUCAGCCUGGAGUAGCUGGAGCUGCAGUACCUGUCAUAACAUCUUUUACUUUUCCAGAUGAUUCAAGAAACGAAAGCAAAAUACCUAUAUUACAAAAUAGGCCUAAUAAGCUUUCUACUUCACUUAAAACUGAUAAACCAGUGAUAAUCAGUGAAGAACCAAAAAAGAAUAUACGUUUUAAAACUGACUCAGCUGCAUUGUUAAAAAAAGAAGUUUCCAAAGAUAAGUCAAAAUGUAUUCCAUUUAAAAACGGAGAAGAAAAACGGCGUUAUAUAGAAUUAACUUACGCAUUCUCCGGCUGCGUUUCUCAAUUAGUAAAUGAAGCCUCAAAUUUACCAAAAAUUGGAAACGCAAAUGCCCAAUCAAUAGCUAUAGACUCCAUAUACAAGUAUGUGAAAAGUUUAAAUAAAAUCACUAAUGAGUUAAAAGCUAUCCAGUACAAAGAGGCUACAGAUUCAGAGCAAUCUCAAGACUCAAAAUCAAAAACCAUUCAAUUUGAACCGAGCAAAUGCAGUGCGAAGAAAGGACAAAAUUGCGAUUGCCAUGUUCCAACUAACAAUAAGUCAAAAUUGGAGAAAGCUGAAGAUAUUGUAAAAGAUUCCAUGGAAUCCAUGGACGGAGUUUUUAUACCAGCAUUCGACGAGCCACCUCCUUUAAUAGAAGAUGACGAAGAAGGUUUAGGCAUAACAAUUAAAGUUCCAGAAAAUAUCAAUGAAAAUGGUUGUUCGCAUGUUUCUGUAAGCUUUGCGGACGUGUCAGUAGAAUCCUUGAAAAGGUGUCCCAAGAAGUACACUCUUCAUAUGGAUUUUGCCAAGAGGAAGAUGGUUUUUCAGUCAGGAAAUAAUUGUGCAAUGGUUCCCGAUUUAAAAGUGACAGAAUGCACCAUCGAUGACAAAAAAAGCGACAUAGUUUGCAUAAUGCGACCAAACGAAUGCUUGUUUCCCUCACAGCUGAUCCCAGUAGAAGGAAUAGCUGGAAUUAGCGAUUCCUUCAACCUACUAAGAUCCACAAAUUCUGUAUUGUUAAAUAUUGUCGGUUCGCCAUCGGCUCAUGCUAAUAAACGGAAGUCGUUGCUAACGAAGUCCUGUACAAGCAUUAGAUCAAAAAAUGUUCCAAGACUUUUCAGUGCAGUUGACCAGGGGCCAGACCAAAGUACUAAAAGUAUGCCUCAAAUACCGGGUCAUUUGAACUGUAAAAGAAAACUUCAAAGUCGGACCAAUACCAGCAAGAAGAAUAGUUUAUUGAAAUUUUAAAUUUUCUUAUUAAUCAGUUGUUGAAAAAAGUUAAUAAAUAUAAUAUUUGGAGGA